AUGGUAGACGAAGGUGGUUCAACACGAGCCCCUCCUAUCCCAGUCAGAUCGAGAAGGAACAUUGUGGUAGAGGAAGACGCUACGAAACUUCAAUUCGGAGAUCUGGCAGAUGGAGAAGCUUUGACUCUGACGGACGUAAAUACUUUGUUGGAAGCUGCUAGGAAAGCACCAGACGUACCUCCUCCUCCUGAUAACAAGGUUUAUAAAUCUACUGUCGAAUACGUAUCGACUUUCUCCAAUGCAACACCUGACGCUGUUGAAUCAAUGAGACAGGCUUUCGCUGCUCAUCCUGGUUUUUUAAACAAAUUCGAAAUUGCUCAAAUCAUGUACCUUCGUCCAGAAAGGAUAGAAGUUGCUAUAGCUCUUAUACCUAGCCUUGAACGUUAUUCUCAAGGAGAUGCUAAAGAAACGUUGUUACAACAAUUAUUAGAUGAUGUUCGGAAUAUUUCAAGAUAUGGUUCUAUGGCAUGA